AAAACAAUUCGAGAAGCACGUUUUGAUAUGACAUUAACAUAACCUUUAAUGUGAUCGCGUAAAAUUGGUUAAUGACAAAAAUUGUUUGUUAUUUAUAUACGUAAUUUAUUACAUUUAUCUUAAAAUAAAUUUACACUUAAAAAUGAUAGGAUCACGGUUUGAAAAUAGCGAUAUAUCUGCCAAAAAUCUACACGAUGAAGAUGAAAGCGCAUCCGAAAUAGAAGAGAACAGUGAAUCUGAAGCUGAAAACUUAAGUGAAGAUGAUGGUAAUGCAGAGAAAAAACGCUCAAAAAAUGAGGGUUGGGCUGACUCUAUGGCAAAAAUAUUAAAGUCAAAUAAACCAAAAGGAAAAAGUACAAUAGUAUUAGCUAAAGCUAAAAAAAUCUGUGAAGUUAUACCGAAAGCAACUGUUGACUAUAAUUUCGAAAUCGUAAAUGAAAUUAAAGAAGAGAAACCAGAUAUCAAAGGUUUACAUAAAAUUGAAAACAAAGACCAAAAAAAGAAGAAAAAGGAUAUUAUUCAAUUUAGGAUAAAACCAUCAAUAUUGGACAAAGAUAGAGAAAGAACUUUAUCCAAAAUUGCAACAAGAGGUGUAGUUCAAUUAUUUAACGCAGUGAGGACACAGCAAAGGGAUAUUAGUAACAAAUUAAAAGAAGCAGGACCUUUAGAAAGAAAGCAAGAUAAAGUGUUAAAAAAUAUAGAUAAAAGGGCAUUUCUUGAUGUACUUAUGGGUGGAAAAAGAUCAAUAUCUCAGCAAGUAGAUGGACCAGUUAAAACAGAAAAGCAAAUUGACUCCAAAUGGAAUGUCCUGAGGGACGAUUUCAUGUUAGAAUCUAAAUUAAAAGACUGGGAUAAGGAAGAUGAUUCUGAAGAAAAUGAUGAAACCAUAUAAUUGUUGAAAAAUAUUUUUGUAUCACAUAAUUAACAUUUACAUUUUAAAAUUGGCAUUUUUUUAUUCCAAUACAUAAAAAUAAGUCCUAUAAUCAAAAAGAUAUUGCUCAGACACUUUGAAUACAAA